UUCCCGUCAGCACUGCAGCUGGCAGCGCGGUUUCGUCCUGCGAGGUUCCGCCGAGCGGCUCGACUCGUUGUUUGCUGGUCGACGCGGGAGUAGCGAGAGACGCACUUGGACAACCGACCGGGGCCGAGAGGUGGAGUUUUGUGGGCUGAGGUGGGAGGAAGGGGAAAAAAGGGGGCAAAAGGGAAAGGAAGGAGGCGAACCCCGACGGGGCGAGCGGAAGAAAGAAACGAAGCAGUGCACGGCAUGAACUCAGCGAGAGCUCGUUGUGGAUGAAUUUGGCCAUUUUAUAAAACGAAAAACCAAAGUUUCUCCAAAAGUGUCGGCGGCGAAGAAGAGGACGACGAAGACAAGAUGAUUACGCCCUACUUCGUGGACAAUUUCUGGGGCGACAAGAACAAUGGCUUUGAUGUGCUGUACCACAACAUGAAGCACGGACAGAUUUCCUCCAAGGAGCUGACCGACUUCAUCAGGGAAAGGAGCGUCAUCGAAGAGGCCUACGCCAGGUCCAUGACCAAGCUGGCCAAGACGGCGGGCAACUUUUCACAGCUGGGGACCUUCGCGCCGGCGUGGGAGCUGUUCAAGGGCUCCACGGAGAAGCUGGCCGCGUGCCACAUGGAGCUGGUGCGCAAGCUGCAGGAGCUCAUCAAAGACGUGCACAAGUACGUGGACGAGCAGGCCAAAGCGCACAAGAAGACAAAAGAAGAGGUGGCGUCCACCUUGGAGGCGGUGCAGAACAUCCAGAGCACGGGGCAGGCCCUGCACAAGUCCAAGGAGAGCUACAACGCCAAAACCGUGGAGCAGGAGCGCCUCCGCAAGGAAGGGGCCACCCAGAGAGACGUGGACAAGGCCGGACUAAAAGCCAAAAAAGCCACAGAGACGUACAAGUCGUACGUGGAGAAAUACGCCUACGCCAAGUCAGACUUUGAACUCAAGAUGGAGGAAACGGCACAGAAAUUCCAGGCCAUCGAAGAAAGCCACGUCCUCCACAUGAAGGACAUCAUCCGCUCGUACUCGCGGGCCGUGGACGAAACGCACGUGCAAAUAGGAGAGGUUCACAAUGAGUUUGUGAGGAACGUGGAGAACACCUCAGCGGAGAGCUUGAUACAGAAACUGGCCGAAAGCAAAGGAACGGGCAAGGAGAGACCAGGGCCCAUCGAGUUUGAGGAGUGUAACGCCGCCAUCGCCGCUGAAGGUGCCAAAGCCAGGAGGAGAAAGCCAUUUGGCAUCCCGGGACGCCGGAAAGACAAAGACACCGACUCCACGGAAUCGACGGAAGCGGAAAGUAACGCUGCCAACGGCGCUCCCCCCGGAUACUACGGGGCCAUAGACAUUCAGAACGCUAAUGUUCCGCGAGUCGACGACGAGGGCUUCUGCAUCCGGCCCGAAUCCCUGGAGAAUGAUGCCAAAGAGAAUUCCUUCUACUCGUCCAGCGACUCGGAGGACGAGGAGGAGCCGCGCAAGUUCCACGUGGAGAUCAAGCCCGUGCGGCCCAACGACGGCACGCACCAGAACCGCGCCGCCAUCGACGAGCUCAAGGCCUCCGUCGGCAACAUCGUCCUGUCGCCGCCGACCUCGGGCCAAAUGCGGAGGAACCAAUCCAGUGAGUAUAUGUUUUGCUCUUUCUUUCUUUCUUUUCCUUCGCCUCCUCGCGUCGUCCCCCAAGCGCCUUUUUACCGGGCGCUUGUUUUUCAAAGAAAUGGCCCGUCUUCCGCCGUGCCUUCCGUAGCGGCCAACCGUCCGAGCGCCCCCGUGGCGGCGGGCGCGCUGGUGCCGCCGCCCCGCCCCCCCUCCCGGCCCAAACUCCCCAUGGGAAAACUCGGCGGCAUCACCGAAAUGGUGAGUUGAAACAAAAAGGCUUGAAACGCUUGUCGCCGGUGCGAUGAGGCCCGCGCCGAGAGCUCGUCGUCGCUGUCCUCCAACGCCUCGCUCGGCGCCGCCAACAACCCCGCUGUGGGCACGUCCCGCGGCCCCAGUCCCGUGACGCUGGCGUCCCAGGAUGCUCUGCCCAUCGCCGUGGCCUUCACGGAGGCCGUCAAUGCCUACUUCAAAGGCGCCGACCCCGCCAAGUGCAUCGUGAAGAUCACGGGCGACAUGACGCUGUCUUUCCCCUCGGGCAUCAUCAAGGUGUUCACGGGCAACCCCUCGCCCGCCGUCCUCGCCUUCAAGUUGAAGAACACGAGCCAGCUGGAGCAGAUCCUCCCCAACCAGCAGCUCCUCUUCAGCGAUCUGUCCCAGGGCGACUCGGAGUGCAAGGACUUCUGGUUCAACAUGCAAGCGCUGACCGCCUACCUCCGCAAAGCCUCGGAGCAAAACCCCGCCGCCUCCUACUACAACGUGGACGUCCUCAAGUACCAGGUGCGGUCGGACGGCAUCCGCUCCACGCCGCUGAACCUUGCCGUGUACUGGAAGUGCGCGCCGGGCUCCACCGACCUGCGCGUGGACUACCGCUACAACCCGGACUCCAUGGCGGCGCCGGGCCCGCUCGGCGGCCUGCAGAUCCUGGUGCCCGUGGACGGAGGCGUCACCGGCAUGCAGUCGCUGCCCGUCGCCCUUUGGAACGCCGAGCAGAAUAAAUGUCUUUGGAAGCUGAGCGACAUUUCGGAAAAGUCUGAAAACCAAGGCGCCGGCUCCCUGCGGGCCAAGUUCGACGUGUCGGCCGGCCCGUCCAACCCGUCCACGCUGGCGGUGCAGUUCAUGAGCGAGGGCGGCACGCUGUCGGGCGUGGACAUGGAGCUGCAGGGCGCCGGCUACAGGCUGUCGCUCAGCAAGAAGAGGUUUGCCACGGGUCGCUACAUGGCAGAUUGCUGAGGCUGUUUGUGGAGGGACCAUUUCAAAGGCCUUCUCUCACUUUGGCCGCCGGCGGGAAUCACGACAACAAAGCAGCACUGAGUACCGAACACUGUUGAGUGGAAAAACUCAAAGCCAGGCAAAGGUGAGCUUUGAGGGCCACGCGUCGCUUCGGACCAUUUUCAGGCUCUUGAUACCGAACGGAGCGCUUGAUCUCUUUGACGUCAGAAAAAGAAGGCGACGUUUUGGGGCUUUUUUUUCUCUCUCACCGUAACCUCGCACACUGUAUCGAUAUUAACAGCUAGAAAAACCUUCACCAUCAUUUUGUUGCUCUUGAAUUGUGGAUGGCGUGCAAUGAAGUAAGAGUCGGUCUCGUAGCACAAAAAGAGAGCGUGAGAAAAGAAAAAGCCAGGACCUCAGUGCCUCCUCGCAACGCUGCUCGUUUUUUUGGAAACGAGCGUUCGGGUUUCAGGGCUCUUUUUUAAUUCAAUGUGUUUUAAAACAACUGUAAAAGCGUUGCAAUGCUUUAAAAAUUAACUCGUAGCCUUUCAACAAAACUUGAACUUUUUUUGGGUGGGUGGGGAGGGGGGCAAUUUGUGCCUGAUCAUUAGCACCACCUCUUGUUCGGAUGCUGAAAGGAAGAUGUCUUCCGCAACUUUGCGAUGGCUUUGCGAUCGAUAGGAGGCUUUUUCUCAGACGCCUAAAAUGGACGCCCGUCGGUGUCACGUGAUCUUGAGAUUUUGAUGAGAGCGAGCUUUGUCUGCCGUGGACAAUAAAUAAAUCAGCAAAUCUCAAAUCAUCCGUUUCAAGUAUCCGACAUUCUGAAUCGCCACUUUUAGCAAGCUGGUUCUUGCUCGUCCGGAACAACAAAAAC